UGUUCAGCGAGGCUGCAGAAAGAUAUAAAAAGAGGCUUUUAACAUGCUGCUGGCAGUCUUUGCAAGCUUGCAAAGGGAGUGGAGACUUCUCUACAUUUGCCUGCUUAACGUCCCAGAUCCCUGAGGGUUUUAAAGCCACCACAAUGAACAAGUUCCUGUACUGCACACUUGUGCUGCUGGACAUUUCUGUGAAAUGGACCAUCCAGGAAGCCCCUUCUCUAAAAUUCCCCCAUUAUGACCCUAUGACUUCCCGACAACUGAUGUGUGACCAGUGCCCCCCAGGAACCUACGUUAAACAGAAUUGUACGGCUUCCUCGAAGACUAAGUGUUCUCCCUGCCCAGAUCAGUACUAUGCCGAUGACUGGAACAGCAAUGAAGAGUGCCAGUAUUGCAACGUGGUAUGCAAUGAGUUGCAGUAUGAGAAGGUUGAAUGCAGCAGCACCAAGAACCGCAUUUGUGAGUGUGUUGAAGGACGGUACCUUGAACUGGAAUUCUGCCUGAAGCACACUGCAUGCCCCCCUGGCUUUGGUGUUGUUCAACAAGGUACUCCUGAAAGGAACACAGUUUGUGAGAGUUGCCCAGAAGGCUAUUUCUCCAAUGAAACAUCAUCCAAAGCUGCCUGCCGUGAACACACCAACUGUAGCGCAUUGGGCCUCAAGAUGGCAAAGAAGGGCAAUGCCACCUGUGACAACGUGUGUCAGGAAGAAAGGACUGACAAAUCGGAUCAGCAGUGUGAAAUCGAUAUAACCUUAUGCGAGGAAGCAUUCUUCAGAUUUGCUGCUCCUACAAAAGUCCCACCUGGCUGGCUGGAUACACUCAAGGACAGUUUGCCUGGUAUAAAAGUCAGUGCAGAAAUUGUUGAAAGGAUUAAACAAAGGCACAGUUCUCAGGAACAGACCUUCCAGCUGCUGAAACUGUGGAAGCAAAAGAACAAAGAUCACAAGAAUGUUAUUCGAGGUAUGGAUCUUUGUGAAAACAGUGUUUUGAAACAAAUUGGCCAUCUCAAUAUAACCUCCGAGCAGCUCGGCAUCCUGAUGGAGAACUUACCAGGGAAAAAAGUAGGGAAGGAAGAAACAGAGCAUACUCUGAGGAUGUGCAAAUCCAGAGAUCAGUUCCUAAAGCUCCUCAACUUGUGGAGAAUAAAAAACAGAGAUCAAGACACUAUCAAAGGCCUGACAUAUGGGCUGAAGCACUUGAAAGCAUAUCAUUUUCCCAAGACAACCAUCCAAGGCCUCCGGAAGGUGGUCAAGUACCUCCACAGCCUCACAAUGUACAAAUUAUACCAGAAGCUUUUGUUAGAAAUGCUAGGAAACCAGAUUCCUUUGGUAAAAGUGAGGCGUGGGUAGUUCCAGCUAUCUGCUCUUUUAUUUACCAUUUGCUGCUAGCAUUUAUGAUUAAAUCUGAGGAGGGGGGAUGGUUCCUUUAUUAUGCUUAUUUAUAUUUAUAUAUCUGACUGGGGUAGCUCAGAGCUAUCUUGGACCUGUUGCUAUUAUUGUCAGUUUUUGUAUUGUUAUGAUAACACUAAAAUCUUGGUUUGGAAUGUUUGUUCAUCAAAGAUUCCCAAUGAAUUUAACAUGAUGUGCAAUGUAAUACCAGACCAGUUUAUUUAUAUUCACUGAAAUCUAGAACAUUGUAUAUAUUUAUUAAUUUAUAUGGCAACUGUAUGAGAUCAAGGGUAGAAACAGAUUGUUAUGCCUUUCCUUGAGAAUUCAUCUUUCUCAGAAGACAUGGGAGACAUACUGGAAAAACACAGAUAGCCAGCCAAGUCUUCCUUCAGUUCAGCAAAGUUUGUAAUAGGAAAAGGAAUCAGUGGAAAGGCACACAUAACCUCCUGAGAAAGAUGAAGUUUUCAGCGUCUUUUCCAGUCCUUUUCCUGCGAAUGGAGUGAUAGGAUGAGUUCCAGGCAAGAAGAAUACAGCUGUGAAACAUGAGCUUUAAAUACUACCUGGAAUAUAGACAUGGGCUGAGCAGGCUGCCUUUAUAAACAAAGCGAUUUCUCAAGGCAAACUACUGGGUUCGAUCUGUCCUGCUCUCAACACUGAACAAUAGUUCAAAGUCAAAAUUAUCAGCCUUUCAAUCAAGGAAGAUUUGGUUGCAAACAGUUCAGGGUCAAGAAAGCUAGAAAUGAGAACAGAGUGGAGUCAUGGUGAUCAAGAUCAGUAAGACAGUCCAAAAGGCAUAAAUCAGUACUUUAACAGCCAUGUUGAGAUGUGAACUAAAGGAAUACUCAUCUGUUUAUCAGGCAUCUGUGCUUCCUGCAGUAUGUCUCCUUUGUCUUCCAAGCAAGAUUAACUUUCAAGGGGUUGUAUGACUUGGGUGACCACUUAAUGAAUGGUUGCUUGUAGAAUGUCCCAUAUGGUGAACGCAUGAGGGAGAAACAAAGGAGUGGUCAAAUAUAAAGUGGGCAAGGGAUAGCUGUUCUCAUCCCAUUUUGUUACCACGAUUCAUGUUAUUCUUCUGAAGCCCCUAUAUCACUGCUUGCUAUGAGAUACAAGCCAGGAUCCAAAUCAAUGUGAAUGGCUCCCUGAUUCACGCACAAGAGCUCUAAAACUCCCCUUUUAAACAGAAGUCCCAACCUCUUCCCUUGAAAGGAAAAGGCCCUCCAUAUGCCUACAUAAAAGUUCCAUGCUUAGCAGAAUAUUGUCUGUGCACUUCAUUUGUGGUUGCACUUUUUCGAGUGUUGCAGAGAUUCAGUGGUGUUAUAGAUAGAUUGACAAAGGCUCGAAUCCUGUUGGUGACAUGCCAGCAGUAAGCAACCUAAUUCUUUAGUUCCUUGGCCCUGCACAGAUGAUGCAGCCACAAUCUUUUCUUCCUUCUGCAGCCUUCUAUGUUACUAUUUCUUCAUCAGCAUCAACAGGAUUCCAAUCCACGUGACGUCCUGUUUAGAAAGUAGUCCUCUAUUUGAGAGCAUACUUACUUGAAGGCCAUCUAGUACAAUCAGCAUAUGUGUAGAGUUGCACCCAGGAACCAUCCAUCUGCUCUUUCAACCAGAAAAUAAAAAAUAAACCCAAGGUCCCCAUCCAGCAUAAGUACUUUGGUGAAGGUUUACAUUGCCAUUGGUCCAGCAAUAUCUCAACUUUAGUCAACCUUGAAAGAUGGUUAGAUAAAUUCAUGGAAUCUAUGGCUAUGACUAGCUAUUUGUCCAGGUGGAUGUAUAUCUCCGCUAGCACCAAAGGCAGCAUGGCUCUGUAUAUGGAAGGUGCAUUGCACUUAUGUCCCACAGGCAGGUUUCCCAUAGGCAAAUGAUUGGUGAGUCAAUGAAAGAAAAAGCGCUGGUCUACAAAGACUAUGGGUCUCAUAGUCUGUGUAGUCCAGCUAUCUCUAACUAAGUCUGAACUGGGCAUUUGUUCUCAUUUUAUUGAAAUGUUUGCCCAUGCAAAGAUACUGUCAGUAGACUGACCUGUAGUAAUAUUGUAAUUAGUUUCCCUUCCUUCCUUCCUUCCUUCCUUCCUUUCUUCUGUCUGUCCGUCGAGCACUGCCCAACUUUUCAUGUCAACAGAGCAGCUAAUUGGGAAGCUUUUCAUCUGUUUCUACCCUCAUUUUUUUUAAAAAAAGAAAGGAAUUGAAUGUACAUUGUUUGUUUUGAAGCUAAAGGGAUGAGGAGAUGUAUUUAUAAGACGCACAUAUGUGAUGCAUCAUAACAGAUCCUUCAUUCUUCUUCUGUGGAUUUUUAAAGAUUGUUUCAUAGAUUUGUCUGUAUAGGUUGUAAUAUCUUAUGGAUGUAAUUUCCUCUUUCAGUCAGUUUUUUAAAUUACAUCAUGAAAGUAUAUGAAGAACAAGCUGUACGUGAAGCAUUGUUUUUAGGACAUGAAUGUACCGUAUUUAAAAGAUGGGUUGGAUUUUGAUAUGUUUUAUAAAACUUGCAUUUUUUUUCAUUUAA